CAUUUAAACACGUGCAGUGUGUCCAGUUAAAACAAAAAAAUAUAUAUAUACAUAUACACACCCAGUACCGGAUCGAUAGGCGUUUCUGAGCACAGGGAGCAGCAGUCUGCUUGGUUAUCGCUCCUGCUAUUUCCUUCUUGGAAGCAGAAACCUGUUUUAUUUUUUUGUUGGUGGGGGGGUGUGUUGAGUGUGAUCUACAGUCAACUUUGGCUUCCCACGAAGUCGCCUCAGCAACUCCCGUCUCCUGGAGCGAGAGGACUUGCCUGCAGCAGCCCGGAGUGGACCCUUUUAUCCCCCCUCCCCUUGGUGGCGGCUUUGCGAGAGAGGCGGCUACUUUUUCCGGGAACAGGGAGAGGGAUACACCCCGUGCCAUCUGAUUACUAACCUGCAGUAUUGUCACCGGCUGCUCCUACAUUGGGUUCGACAUCGUUCAAGCACCUCGGUCACCAGCCACAGGGCUGACGUCCCCUUUGCUGCUCCUGAGGUGUACUCUGGAUCCUAGGUGGGGUAGGGGGGGAACACAGGAACCCUUUUCUUCUCCGUCUUGUGGCCGCUGCGAGAACCUGCUCCGAUGGUGAUCACCUCAACCAGCGAGGUCGAGCCGUCUCCCUCCAGCAUGCUGGCUGCCCUCCGGUCGGAAUGGAUUAAACAGGACCCCAUCUGUUGCCUGCCAGCCACCUCUCACUGCAGCAAGAAGCCGUCACGAAGUGGGACCAACUCAGGAUGCAAGCCACCCUCCUCUCACUGCUUGGCUGCCUCGUUUGGCUUCACCCCCGCUGAGCCCAGCAUGUCGAGCCAGCACGGCCACCUGCCUCUCGGCAGCCUGCAGACCACGGGCGAGGCCCCCCAGGUCCGGCACACGGGGCCGCACUGGGGCCUGACCAAUGCCCGCGCCCGAGGCCAGGCCGCUGACCACCAGAGAGGCAACACCACCGACAGGGUGCUAUCGGACAUGACGAUCCUGCAGAGGAGGAUUCCGCUCUGCUUCCGUGAGUCCGGAAUGACGCCCCUCAGGAAAUUGUCGGUGGAUUUGAUCAAGACGUACAAGCACAUUAACGAGGUGUACUACGCCAAGAAGAAGAGGCGCGCCCAACACGUCCCUCCGGACGACUCCAGCAACAAGAAGGAACGGAAGGUGUACAACGAAGGCUACGACGACGACAACUACGACUACAUCGUGAAGAACGGGGAGAAGUGGAUGGAUCGAUACGAGAUCGACUCCCUCAUCGGGAAGGGCUCCUUCGGACAGGUGGUGAAGGCCUACGACCACCAAGAGCAGGAGUGGGUAGCAGUCAAGAUCAUCAAGAACAAGAAGGCCUUCCUGAACCAAGCCCAGAUCGAGCUGCGCCUCCUGGAGCUCAUGAACAAGCACGACACCGAGAUGAAGUACUACAUAGGUAGGGACGUCCGUCCGCGCAGGUCGUGGGGCGUGCGGCGCGUCCUGGGACGUUGCCCGCGCUCUGUCUUCGGCCCCUGGGUUGUGAGUGGGAGGCUGCAUUCAGCGAUGGGAACACUGGCCACUGCUGUUGGUCCAAGCUGUCUUUGGCUUAAUGUCAACUUGCCUAAAUCAGUUGGGUGGCACAGUGGCUUCCAGAGACCCCAGUUCGAUCCCAACCUGUGGCUCCGUCAGUGUGUGUAG